AUGGAGUACCACGCGCCUGCUCCGCAGCACAUGGUGCUGUGCGCCGAUUGUGGUGUACCCAUCGAGCCGAACAAUGCGAAUCUUUGUGUGAACUGUCUGCGCAAUAGCGUCGACAUUACCGAGCUCAUUCCUAAGCAGGCGACGAUCAAUUUCUGUCGGAACUGUGAGCGGUACUUGAACCCGCCGAAUACUUGGGUGAUUGCCCAGCUGGAAAGUCGUGAGCUACUUGCGAUCUGCCUUAAAAAGCUGAAAGGUCUCAAGUCUGUGCGUCUUAUUGAUGCCAACUUUAUUUGGACAGAGCCACACAGCAAGCGUUUGCGUGUCAAGCUGACAGUCCAGAAGGAAGUCUUUACGUCGACCAUUUUGCAGCAGGUGUUUGAAGUGGAAUUCAUCGUGCAGUAUGGUCAGUGUCCUGAUUGUGCACGUCUGGCGGCGAAGAAUAUGUGGCGUGCAUCUGUGCAAGUCCGUCAAAAAGUGGCGCAUAAGCGCACGUUUUUGUACUUGGAGCAGCUGAUCCUCAAAUACAACGCCCACCGCGAGACGGUCUCUGUGCUGGAAAAGAAGGAUGGUCUGGACUUUUACUAUGCACAACGUGCUCAUGCGAUCCGUAUGUGUGAAUUUCUCGCGAGUGUAGUGCCCAUUCGGACGACCAAGUCAGAGCAAUUGAUCAGUAUGGAUGUGCACACAAGUUCGAGCAACUACAAGUUUACAUACAGUGUGGAAAUUGUGCCGAUCUGCAAGGAUGACUUGCUGUGCUUGCCACUGCCACUAGCUCGCUCCUUGGGCCAUAUCGGUCCAUUUGUAUUGCCAUUCCGUGUGAGCAAUGUACUGAAGCUCAUUGACCCUGUAACGAUGCAGAUGGCGGAUCUUACUGCGGAGAAAUACUGGCGUGAUCCAUUCCCUGCGCUGUGUACGAUUCCAGAAAUGGUCGAGUUUUUGGUCCUGGACAUUGAAACGACCGGUACGGUGGCGCAUGGCCCGCAUGGGCAAACAAUGCAAAAGUUCCUCGCGGCUGAGGCGCAAGUUUCGCCGUUGAAUGCCAGUACGUUUGGCGAGUCGGAUGCUGUGUACACAGUGCCUACCCAUCUUGGCCAUAUUUUGCAGCCUGGCGAUACGGUGAUGGGCUACUAUCUGACCACUGCCAACUUCAACUCGCCGGCCUGGGACGCUGUGCCGGAAGAGCGACGUCCCGAUGUGGUACUUGUGAAGAAGAGCUACCCGGACCGCAAGCGCCGCUCGAAGCGCAACUGGAAGCUCAAGAGUAUCGCGAAAGAAGCCGAGGAUCCCAGUGCUGGCGAGCAGGUGGUGGGCCGGGGUGCGCUGGGCCGUCGUGGUGGUUUGGAUUCGCAGCGUGUCGAGCGCGACUAUGAGCUGUUCUUGCGCGAGUUGGAAGAGGACGAGGAGAUGCGUGCGAAUGUCAAUUUAUACAAGGACAAGGAACGCAUUGCUCACGAGGAGGCACGUCGUCUGCGCCGCGAGCAAAAGUACCGCGAGCCUACGCAGAUGGACGAGGAGAUGGACGACCACGGCGCUGGCCACCACGACGAGGAUGGGUUGACCGAUGUCGAGUCAGAGUAUGGCUCCGACAGCGAGCUACCGCGUGUCCAGUUAGACGAGUUGCUGGAUGAUAUGGACGAGAUGGCCAUUGAAGAUGACGAUAUAUAG